AUGCCAAAAACUCGCACAGUUAAUGUUACUUUAAUAACAGUAGGUUCACUACUGUUUGACUUGCAUUAUGGUCCUUAUUCACGUUUUUGGUGGCAACAUUCAAGUGACAGCACAAAAGAUAAUCUUUCUUAUUUUCCCAUUCGUGUAGGCCAAACUACCAAGGCUAUUCUUAAUGAAAAAGUUUUUUAUCUUACUAUUGUAGUGGAAAAUUCUGAUAAUUCUUUUGCUCCUGGAUUUAUUUGUACCUCUGGUACUAUUUCAAGUAAAAAUAAUGGUAGCUCAGGAUACAAAUCUUCACUCAAUUACAAAUAUCAUGAUAAAUCAGCAUUAUUUGUAUCAACUAUUGAGGGUAAUCAUUGUAUACUCAAAAUCCAUCAAAAUUCUCAAGUACAAUGUCAGUUUGUGGAUAAUUCUCCUAAUGCAGUUUGGAAAUCUUCAAAUUUUAUAAAAAAUUUUGAAGGAAUCAAUCUGUUUGGAUUUCAAAAUUCACAAACCAAAGAAUCUAUUUACAAAAAUAUGAUUCCUACAUGCUUACCAACAAAUUGA